GAUUACUUGUGUCCGUGCCCAAAACAGAACCGGCAUAGCUCCAUCCAAAUAAGUCAGAAUAAACAGAAGGCCAAGAUAUGAGAAGUUCCAAAUUUUGUGCGAUCGUACCAGGCCAAGAUAGGUCCGUCCAGUUUAAAAUUCUAAUCUGUCGAAUUAGGGAACUCUAAACCGAACAUAUCUUCUCUCGCAUGCGUAUCAUCCAGAUCGAUAUCGCCCUCGAUAGAUACGUGUCGGCAGAAGAGGACCGGAAGAUGCAGACGGCGGACGUGGAGCAGCAGCAGGCACUACUGACAUCGCCGCCGGCGCUGGUCGCCGGAGCUGUGGCAGAUGGCGACCUUGAGGCGGCCCGCCGCCGCGAGCAACGCUACCAUUAUUAUCUCCAGCAGAAACGAUUCUUUCUGGGCUUCGUGGCGACGCUUAUCGUGCUGCUCUACGGGUUCUUAGGUGUGUUGGCAGUGAGGUGGUUCGAAGGAUGGGCACGUGUCCUGGCAGUAGGGGCGUCAAUCUUUUUGACAGUCGUUUGUGAAUCUUUCUUUUUCUGCUGUGGCAUGAAAAUUUGACACCGUGACAUCUCAAGCAAGAGUCCUUUUACUACGACAUCUAA